UAUACAGCUCAAAAUAACUUGGGACCUGUGAGCUGACAAAUGCUCUGGCUCCGGUGGUGACAGGUUGUCCAGCUUCUUACAGCCAUCUUCACUGAAACUAAGGUUAACUCCUCACUCUCUAUGGACGGCUACUCUCGAUUUCCAAGGGCGUGAAGAAUUUUCUUUUCCUCCUGUGCUUUCAUCUCAAAAGUUCUCCUUGGAUAAUUGUCAUCGCAGUGGAUUGCCUGGGUUGGACAUCCUCAUCUGGGUCAACUAAAAAAAGAAAGCAUGCAAGACGACAGCCUAGAAGCUUCUACUUCCAUAUCUCAACUUCUAAGAGAGAGUUAUUUAGCAGAAACUAGACAUCGGGGAAACAAUGAGAGGAGUCGAGCAGAACCUUCCUCCAACCCUUUCCAUUUUGGCAAUCCUUCUGGAGCUGCUGAAGGAGGAGGUCAAGAUGACCUUCCAGAUCUCUCAGCCUUCUUGAGCCAAGAAGAAUUAGAUGAAAGUGUCAAUCUGGCAAGAUUGGCCAUCAAUCACGACCCUUUGGAGAAAGCAGAUGAAGCUCAAGCUAGAAAACAUCUUUCAUCUGAUCAAAUGAAACACUCACCUAAAUCAAGUUUUGACCCCAACUUCUGUCAGGAUAACUCUCAAGGUCCUACCAGCUCUGAAGAGAGCCCCCAGGAGGCAAAAAGGCCACAGUAUAGUUCUGAAACCCAGUCCAAAAAAGUAUUCUUAAAUAAGGCUGCCGAUUUCAUUGAAGAGCUGUCCUCCCUUUUCAAAGCCCAUAGCUCCAAAAGGAUUAGACCUCGUGCCUGCAAAAACCACAAGAGUAAAUUGGAAUCUCAAAACAAACUUAUGCAGGAAAAUAGCUCCAGUUUGUCAGAUAUCUCAGAAAGAAGAGAAAGAUCUUCUGUUCCCAUCCCUAUCCCUGCAGAUACUAGGGAUAAUGAAGUGAAUCACGCCCUUGAAAGGCAGGAAGCUAAGAGGCGCGAAGCUGAGCAGGCUGCGGGUGGAGACACCACCCCCGAGUCUUCACCUUCAUCUUUGUACUAUGAAGAACCUCUGGGGCAACCUCCUCGGUUCACUCAAAAGUUACGGAGCAGAGAAGUUCCAGAAGGAACCAGAGUACAGUUGGAUUGCAUAGUGGUAGGAAUUCCACCACCUCAAGUAAGGUGGUACUGUGAAGGCAAGGAGCUUGAAAAUUCCCCAGACAUUCAUAUUGUCCAGGCAGGAAAUCUGCACUCACUGACCAUUGCUGAAGCCUUUGAAGAAGACACAGGACGCUAUUCCUGCUUUGCUUCUAACAUCUAUGGGACAGAUUCAACCUCUGCUGAGAUUUAUAUAGAAGGGGUUUCUUCUUCUGACUCAGAAGGGGACCCUAACAAGGAAGAGAUGAAUCGAAUCCAGAAGCCAAAAGAGGUGUCAUCUACUCCCACUACUUCUGCAGCCAUUCCUUCAGCAGCACCCCAAGCCCAGCAUGUGGUGGCCCAGCCCAGGGUGACAACCAUCCAACAGUGUCAGAGCCCCACCAACUAUCUGCAAGGAUUGGAUGGAAAACCGAUCAUUGCAGCUCCUGUGUUUACAAAGAUGUUACAAAAUUUAUCAGCCUCUGAAGGUCAGCUGGUUGUCUUUGAAUGCAGAGUAAAAGGAGCUCCAUCUCCUAAAGUUGAGUGGUAUAGAGAAGGGACCUUGAUAGAAGAUUCUCCAGAUUUUAGAAUUUUACAGAAAAAACCUCGAUCCAUGGCAGAACCAGAGGAGAUUUGUACUUUGGUCAUUGCUGAGGUGUUUGCAGAAGACUCUGGAUGCUUCACGUGUACUGCAAGCAACAAAUACGGCACAGUGUCAAGCAUUGCACAGCUCGACGUGAGAGGAAAUGAAGACCUCAGAAAUAAUGGGUCUCUUCACUCAGCCAAUUCCACCACCAACCUGGCUGUUAUUGAGCAACAACCAUCCCCACCCAACCCAGAGCCCCCUUCUGUGGAACAUCCCCCUAAACCCAAACUUGAAGGAGUUCUGGUGAACCACAAUGAGCCCCGGUCCAGCUCAAGGAUUGGGCUCCGUGUGCACUUCAACCUGCCUGAAGAUGACAAAGGAAGUGAAGCAUCUUCUGAUGGUGGUGUGGUGACCACCAACCAGACCAGGCCUAAUUCUUUCCCGGAGAGAUUCAACGGACAGACAGCAAGAAUCCCUGAGCCUUCUUCACCCGUCAAAGAACCCCCUCCAGUUCUGGCCAAACCCAAACUUGAUUCCAGUCAGCUGCAACAGCUUCACAACCAAGUCUUACUGGAACAACAGCAGUUGCAAAACCCAUCUCCUUCCUCUCCCAAGGAGUUUCCUUUCAACAUGAGUGUUUUGAACGCCACUGCUUCCCCGGCAGUGACAAUGUCCAGCAAGCAGGUGAAGGCCCCUUCAUCACAGACGUUCAGCUUGGCCCGGCCAAAGCAUUUCUUCCCCUCUUCAAAUACAACCGCAGCAACCGUGUCCCCUUGCAGCUCUCCAGUGUUCACCCUGAGCAGCACUCCUCAAACCAUUCAGAGGACAGUGAGCAAAGAGAGCCUCUUAGUUUCCCACCCCUCCGUGCAAAACAAGUCUCUAGGAGGAGUUUCCUUCCAAAACGAGCCACCCCCUCCAGCUCCAGCAGAGCCAGCGCCAUCGCCACUCACAUUUGCCAUCUCCAGUGGAAACCAGUUUCAGCCCCGCUGUGUUUCCCCAGCUCCUGUCUCUCCCACCAGCCGGAUUCAGAACCCAGUGGCUUUCCUCAGCUCCGUUCUUCCUUCUCUCCCCGCCAUCCCACCCACCAAUGCCAUGGGGCUGCCCAGAAGCGCACCAUCCGUGCCAUCCCAGGGACUAAUGAAGAAAAACACAAAGUCUCCUCAACUGCUGAAUGAUGAUUACGUUCGUGAAACUAAGAAUGCGGUGAUUCUAGACUUGGGGAAGAAAAUGAAUUUCAGUGAUGUCAGAUCAAACCAGCAGGAGUACAAAAUUUCAAGCUUUGAGCAGAGGCUGAUGAAUGAAAUAGAGUUUCGCUUGGAACGUACCCCUGUUGAUGAGUCAGAUGAUGAAGUCCAACAUGACGAGAUCCCCACGGGCAAGUGUAUUGCUCCCAUCUUUGACAAAAGACUCAAGCAUUUCCGGGUUACAGAAGGCUCUCCAGUGACAUUUACCUGCAAAAUUGUUGGGAUUCCUGUUCCAAAGGUUUACUGGUUCAAAGAUGGGAAGCAGAUUUCAAAGAGAAAUGAGCACUGCAAAAUGAGGCGAGAAGGAGAUGGGACAUGCUCUCUGCACAUUGACUCCACCACCAGUGAUGACGAUGGCAACUACACUAUCAUGGCUGCCAACCCCCAGGGGAGAAUCAGCUGUUCUGGCCACUUGAUGGUACAAAGUUUGCCCAUUCGCAGUCGACUAAUAUCCACUGGUCAGUCUCACAGAGGAAGGUCCCGAGUACAAGAAAGAGACAAAGAGCCCCUACAGGAACGGUUUUUCCGACCACAUUUCCUGCAGGCUUCUGGGGAUAUGGUAGCUCACGAGGGGCGCCUCUGUCGGCUGGACUGUAAGGUGAGUGGCUUACCGCCCCCAGAGCUGACGUGGCUGCUCAAUGGCCAACCGGUGCUACCAGAUGCCUCGCACAAGAUGUUGGUCAGGGAGACUGGAGUCCACUCUCUGCUCAUUGACCCGCUCACUCAACAUGACGCGGGGACCUAUACAUGCGUUGCUACCAACAAAACCGGACAGAAUUCCUUUAGUCUGGAGCUCACUGUAGUAGCCAAAGAGGUGAAGAAAGCCCCUGUGAUUCUGGAGAAACUGCAGAACAGCGGAGUUCCCGAAGGCCACCCAGUGAGGCUGGAGUGCCGGGUGAUAGGCAUGCCGCCGCCCGUGUUCUACUGGAAGAAGGACAAUGAGACCAUCCCUUCCACCCGAGAGAGGAUCAGUAUGCACCAGGACACAACAGGGUAUGUCUGCCUCCUCAUUCAGCCAGCCAAGAAAUCCGACGCUGGAUGGUACACGUUGUCAGCCAAGAAUGAAGCCGGCAUCGUGUCGUGCACCGCGAGGUUGGAUAUAUACGCUCAGUGGCACCAGCAGAUCCCACCGCCCAUGUCCAUCCGGCCCAGUGGCAGUCGCUACGGAUCUCUCACCAGUAAAGGACUUGACAUUUUCUCUGCCUUUUCCUCCAUGGAAAGCACAAUGGUGUAUUCAUGCUCUUCUCGGAGUGUAGUGGAGAGUGAUGAACUUUAGGAAUGUCUGGGUGCCUGCUGUGUAAGGGGGCAGACUGUGGAGGGGAAGGAGGACAAGCCAGACAUAGUGGUUUCCAAGCAACUGGAUUUGAGUAAGUUCCCAUGCUGCUGGACCCGUGGCAAGAAGUGCUUUAAAUAAGUCAGCUGGGGACUCUUGCAGUCUCAGCUGGGGGAAAGGUGUAGGGCUGUGCCUUUUAAAGAUUCCAACAAAAAUGUGAGAAGACGAUACAGAUGAACCAAAGAUGUCAUGAAGUCAUCCACUGCUUUGGGAAAAAGCUAGCAUGAUCCCUGCCCCCUGCUAUGUUAGGGAUAUUUAGGCCCUACUAGGAGCAAUGAGGGGCCAUAUGCUUGGGCUGAAAGGAGUUAGACAGUAGUGACCUUAGGUAUCACUAACUCACCAAACAAUGCAAAGGAGAAACACUCAAUAUUGCACAGUGCACUAGUUCUAUAGCCAAACAAGUCCCCAUUAACCUGUCUGCACCAUUUUCUUUUGGAUAUCAUGGUGAGUGGUUUUUCUUUCUGACUUUAUACAUCCCGAAAUUCUAGAACUAAAAGGCUGUUAGUAAACCAACCAAAAAGAAAUCUUCUGUGGGGUCACUUUUAAAACUACUAGCUUCAAUUGCCACUUGCAAAAUAUGCAAGAGUCGUCAUCAUCUGCCCCUCCCCACUCCCCAAAAGUCUGGAACUGUAUGAGGCAGUGAGGGAGGAAGAGAUGCAAACAAGGAGAGGAAGUGAUGGGCGAGUGUUGUUUUCACUUGCCCUAGAAGAGCAGUGGGUGUGGAAGGAGACGUCUUGUUUUUCAGAUAAUUAAUUUGCAUUUUCUAUAUAGAAAACAUCAUGCUAACCAGGAAAGUAGGAGGAAAGGGGAAUGUGCAUCUUUGUUCUAACCCACCUAUUCAAAACCUGCCUCUUAACUUAAGCAAUUUCUAGACGUAAGUUGACUGCGAUUAUCCCCAGCGCCUAGAAGAGUGCUUAGCACCACAUAGACAUUCAAUAGAUAUUUGUUGGAUGAAUGAAUCUUACAUUAGAUAGGGAAAUCUGCAAUUCACACAGCACUCCAAAAAUUGCCUUGGGAAUGGUCAUCACAGCACAGCUUGCUCCAGACUCACCUGUGAAAUGAAUUGGAGGUGUCUGUUACCAAUUCCCCAGGUGUCUGGUGUUCUCUGAGCCAGGCACCCUCAACUGGCAUCUUACUCCAGUGAACAAAUAGUUGUUGUUUAGAAAGGCUUGAAAUUUUCUUCACUUCAAGGCAAGGAUUUCCAGUACAAAAAUAAAUUCAUUCACUCAAAAAAAAAAAA